CACAUAUCCGAAAAGUUGAAUUCCUUGGUAGUUCUGCCUGAAUCCUACUCAGCAGAUCUCUCAACCUUAAAUGGAAAUAAAAUAAAACUUCUGAUGAAAAUCUUUCUGCUGUGAGUUUCAAACUUAGUGAACCCUCUACUUCUCGGUUAAAAUCUAAAGGCAAAACCAAACUGAAACGCAUGCACGUUCCGAACCUAAUAAAGACGUUGACACUAAGCUAAUAAUAGUAUUAUUAGGCGCACAAAUGAAAUGCACAUGACAAAGUGUAUAAUUAGAUUUAACACCUUUAUGUUAAAUAGGGCUAACACAAAUUGAACAAACGCAACAAAAGCCAAAGCGGCUAACGCGCUGGAAGACUUUAAUAUCAAUAGAUAUAAUAUUCUUCUGUUUUCAUACACACACGUACAACUUUCAAUAUUUAUUACACGUGUAAUUUGAUACGCCCAUUUCGAUGGCUGCUUUAUAGCUUAAGAAUUUUCGAAAGCAAAGCCUUUCGACUUUUUAUUGAUUUUUGUUUUGGUGCGAUCCCCACCAGCCACCAUUAAUCACUCUCACCAAUAUUAUAUACGCUACAAACGGCUUUUAACCACGAUCAGCGCUCUCCUAGACACACACAUGAGCAAGCUAACAGCGAAUAGUUUUGUAACAUAAGAGUGACCAGAUAACCAAUAGACGCAGGAGAGCGCCAAACAGGAGUGUAACUAUUAUUUUUUUGCAGAAGCCAAAUGCUGAAAAGACGCUUAGCGAUUACUCGUAGAUCAACAAUUGUCAUUGUGUGGAUGCGAGAGAUCACUGAUACACGCUACACACAAAACGCGGCUCGAAGACAAACCGCCUGCUAGUAGUGGCUCAGUAUAGAGCUAGACUUACAAGCUUGAGCGCGACGCGAAGCGAAGCGAUUUUGCAAAACAAGUUACUUUUCUAUGAGAUUAUUACCGAAGAUUUGCAUUAACAGUCGAAGCAUUACGCGCAAUGAUAAUGUAAAUAGACCGCAAGCGAGUAUAUGACAGAGUACGAAUCUAGUACGACUACUGACGACGAGCACUGCUGCCACCGGUUAUUUGGCAUUUUUUUGACAGGCGUCAAACGCGCAGCGACGCGGUAAACAUUAUGUGCCUGAUAGGUGACAAAAGCAGCCAAUAAAUGUGACAAAAGGAUAAAUAAAUUAAUAGAUAAACAAGUUUGUGUAUAAAUAGCGCACAAUUAACGAGAUACAGGCGCGCCUUAGGCGAGAAUGAACGAGUGAAUUUCGUGGGGAAAUGCGUUGCUAAAAUGUAGAAAAAGUUCAAAAUCAAGUUUUUGAUUAUUUGUGAGCGGGUUUCGAACACUCGAAAGUGUUGAAACUGAAAAGUAUUUAAUAAACAUUUGGUGUGAAGAAGUGUGAAGAAAUGUGAAACGAAAUCUAAUGAGUAUUUUUUGAACAACGCAGAAGACAGAAGGAUGCUUCAAAGGCAACACAAAACACCUCUACGACGAUUCUAUGGACAUGGACUUUCUUUCUGAUCCAAUUUUUUCGGAUCUUGAUCGAUCCGAUUUCAUUGGAGGCAUCGACAAUGAGGCAAUCGAUUUCGGUAAUCUGGAACAGUUCAUGCAGGUUGAAGCCGCCGUUGGACAGCUGGAAGCACAAAAUAGCUGCAUAAAUGGAAAUAACACGCGCGAAAAUACAUUAUGUUGCGGCUCGAAGGCCGAUGUCAACCAACAGCAACAACAGCAGCAACAGCAGAAUCCACAUCACCAACAAAUUAACUCCGUCGAUGGAAAUUUAUCAUUAGUGAGCGUGUCGGCGCGUGUAAGUUUAGCCUCCACACCUAUAGCGACACCCAUACCGACAACGGUUAGUCACGGCACACCGCAUAUGCCCGAUAGUCCGCCGGAUUCCGGUUCCGAGCCACCCUAUAGUCCGCUGCAAGAUGCACAUGGUCUCACACUCACCUCGCGCGACGUCUACAAUGGUCUCUCCGCCAUGCAGCCGGACAUGCAACUGCAGUCACAAUUUACACCACCACAUCAAACGCAAGCAUCAACGACACAUCACCAUCAUCAACAGCAGCAACACCAGCAGCUGCAGCACAAUAACCACCACAGCAACAACAACGCCACCCAAAUUCAUUACAAUCACAAUCAUUCGCCAACAGCGCCACCAAACGACACAAUGAGCCGCGUACGUGUGAAGCAUGAAGCCGGUCUGAUCAUAGAUCCUGCCACACUCACGCACACACAUGCGAACGCCAUCAGCACACACGCGCAUGGCGAACACAAUGCCAGCCAUGGUCACAUGAAUUUACCGCCACCGCAUCAGUUGAUGUUCUCGAAUACAAACACCAACAACAACAAUCAACAUAAUGCGAACAACAGCCAUUUGCUGUCUUACGAAAAUCUACAAGGUGGCAACUUUCCUUCGGUGAAUUAUCCAAAUGUGACCAUCGUAAAUGGUCUGGAUGUCGUGCAAACGCAUGCCACAUCCUGUGCGCUCACCUCACCGUUGAACGAGGUGCCACGCGUGCAGCUGGUUGGCACCAGCCAAGCGCUUCCACCACAACACAGUCGUUCGUCGUUGCCCACAACACCAGUGCAUUUGUCUUUAUCCCGCAAACGUAAACUCUCCACACAGCUAGAUUGUCCGGACUUUGCUAGCAUUAAGCCCGAUCCGGGUUUGCGCAUGAGUCCCACACAUGGCAUGGCUACAGCCGCUGCGGAGCAACAGCAAAAACUCAGCGCCUCAUCACCGGUUACCAUCACAUUACCUGCACAUGCGACUACGAGCGACAUGACAAGCACGCCCGCGCACUCAGCUGCCUCACUAUCGCCCGCGCUGUCAACUAUCAACUCGAAUGCCGAUAACAGUCUGGACGGCAAUAAUACCGCUACAAGUGGUAGCGGCGAAGGUGGCGGCGACAGUAAUGCUCUAACGCCGUGCAUACGUUUCAGCCCAUUUCAACCGCAAAAUUGGCAUAAACUUUGCGACCAAAGUUUACAGGAGAUCGCAGUGGUUUAUUAUCGUGUCGACGCAGAUAAGGGUUUCAAUUUUUCGGUCUCCGAUGAUGCGUUCGUUUGCCAGAAGAAGAAUCACUUUCAAAUAACUUGCCACGCACGUCUGCAAGGCGAUGCGAAGUUUGUAAAAACACCGUCCGGUCUAGAGAAGAUCAACUCCUUUCAUUUGCACUUUUACGGUGUCAAAUUGGAAGCGCCAAAUCAGACGAUACGUGUUGAACAGAGCCAAUCUGAUCGUUCGAAGAAACCGUUCUAUCCAGUGCCUAUCGAUUUGCAGAGUCACAUUGUCAGCAAAGUCACAGUCGGUCGUUUACAUUUCUCAGAAACUACCAACAACAACAUGCGCAAGAAAGGUCGUCCCAAUCCAGAGCAGCGUUACUUCCAAUUAGUAGUGGGCCUGCAUGUCCAUACCAUCUCGGGCAACUUUCCAAUCAUUAGUCAAGGUAGUGAACGUAUUAUUGUGCGCGCCUCUAAUCCGGGUCAAUUUGAGUCCGAUGUCGAUCUUUGCUGGCAACGCGGCAUCACACAGGAUUCGAUUUUCCAUGCCGGACGUGUGGGCAUCAAUACAGAUCGACCGGAUGAGAGUUUGGUUGUGCAUGGCAAUUUGAAGGUGUCCGGUCAUAUAGUGCAGCCCAGUGAUAGUCGCGCUAAGCAUGAAAUCGGUGAGUUGGACACAUCGGUGCAACUGCGCAACUUACAGAAAAUACGUAUUGUACGCUAUCGUUACGCGCCCGAGUUCGCCGUACACUCGGGUCUGAAGCGUUCAUGUGAAAGCGACAGCGAAGAGAUCGUGGAUACGGGCGUGAUUGCGCAGGAGGUGCGCGAAGUUAUACCAGAUGCGGUGCAAGAGGCUGGCAGUAUCGUGCUGCCAAAUGGCAAUGUCAUCGAGAACUUUCUGCUCGUCAAUAAGGAUCGCAUUUUAAUGGAAAAUAUUGGUGCGGUAAAAGAACUGUGCAAAGUCACAGGUUCGCUGGAGACGCGCAUUGAAGAUUUGGAGCGAAAUAAUCGUCUGAUCAGACAGAACGAAUUUGAGCAGCGCAGCAAACAAUACCGUUUGGCGAAAAGCUGUGGUCCACGCGGCGGCUAUGAAAUCUGUUCGAACAAGUCGCUGCAGAUUGUUAUAUUCUUAUUAGUAAUCGUUAUGGCAGCCUGUCUGGCAGCCGUCUCCACACUCUAUUUCGUCGAGCACAACAAACAGCGUUACAACUACAAGCAACUGGAUCGUCUGCAGUUCCACAGCAAUGGCCAUCUGCUGGGCCAUGACUCAGUUUUCAUAAAUGAACAGGAAGGUUACAUCGUACAGGUGCAUAACAUGCUCAAUCGUAAUAAAUCCGUACAGCAUGGCGGCACCUCGCGACCGCCGGCUUAUCGAAACUAUACACGUCCGCGUGGCGAAAUAAUCUAUGAUGAAAGCAGUGAUCCAUACUCACAAAACGGACGUAACGAUGAACUAACGGUUGUUAUGGAAAAACCACUUGUAAGCCUACAGCCACUACAUCCACGUAAGGAUACGUUUAAGGUGACGACAACGGCACCGCUGCUACGCCUCAACAAGACUAUCAACAGUAAAAACAAGUCCAAGUGGCCGCAGGCACAAGUUGUGCCCAAAGUAAUAGCGUCCUUCCAAAAUACACGUGCCACAAGUAGCAUUCAAACCGAAAAUAGCGCAAAUCUAACAUUGCAACAAAAACGUCCGGGAACGCUGGGUGCUAAUGAAACGUCUUCGGAAAAAGUGGCCGCCGAUAAUGUGUCAUUAACACACGAUUUCGAUAACAAUUCCAUCGAUAUCGACGCACAACAUUUGACAAAGAAGGCGACGGCUAUCAGAGAGUCGGCUGCGCGUCCGAUCACUUCACGUGAGGAAACACUCUCGGAAAAUAGUGAAGCUAUUGCUGACGCCAUCGGCGCAAUUGUCAGCACAUCGAGCAGCAAUGUGAAUGGCAAAAACGAUGUCAACCACGGCGACAACCUAAAGAAUACGAACCUGAAUGCUAACAACAAUGUGCCCGAUACCACUGCCCCAGCGUAUAGUCAUCGUUCGCGCAAUGUCUACAAAGCGGUUUCGCCGCCGUCGGCUCUUUUGCCACUUACAACCAACAAGGUGACUAUUGAAGGCAACACGGGUAAUUACUCGCUAGACGGGCACUAUGUCUAUUCGAAUAAGAGCCAAGCUGUAUUGGAGAAUAAAGUGGAUAGCACGGAUCUAUUGGACUUACAGAGCUUGAACAACAAUAGUGAGUCGGUGGAUAACCCGAUAACCGCCUUGUUUGGCUUCGAUUUUGGGCUGGGACGCGAAUCAGUGCUGGGGCGCCGCUCAACUUCGCAGCGUAGUGUCGGUCGCGUACAAUGUAAAUUUGUGCAAGUGGAGAUGUUCGGUGCGCCACCACAAUGCAUACAGAAGCCAACCAAUGACGAGGUAUCCAACUGUCAGUCAUUUUGCUUCGAGGAAACCAAUCAAUUGCCGGUAAUUCAAGACACCCUAGCAGGCAUCACACGUGUGAAAGAGGACCUAGCGGUACCAGAAAAACAACUAAGCAAAGAAAAUUUACCAUUAUCCGAAUCGAAUGCAGACAGCGCCGAUACCGACACAGAUCCAGACACACAACCACGUUCACUGGCCACACCCAUACUUUCUGCCAACGCCACUUUUAUUGGAACGGACAAGAAAACACAAGUCGUAGAAGUUUCCAGCGAACAACGUUCAGAUCUUUCGGACUCCUCAAAAGACACAUCCAGUUGCGAUGAACGUCUCGAUAUUGAUGUAAAGACCGCAGAUGACGCAAUAAGUGCACCAACAGGUAGUGCAACAUCCGCUGAACUGCAAAGAACAGCAGUAGCAGCAGCAGCGGCAGCAGCGGCAGCGCAAAUAGAUUGUUGGCAAAUCGAUAGCUGUUUAAUAGCUGAGACAAAUAAUGAGACAUUUGGCAUGGAGCAUCACUGUCCACAUAGUGGCAAAUCGCUGAAUAUGACCUAUAUUAUACCGUUAUCGCGGUUUUUCAAGGAAUCAAGCAUACAACUGCAAUUGAGCUCUUCCGUGCCACUAUUAUGGACCAUUUGUAGCAACCGCGAGCUGACUAGACAUCAGGGCGCUCAUCUAUUACAAUCAUCUGCGCAUCAACUUAGCGCAAAUAUCGUACAACGUCAAUCAAAUGUAUCGGUUAUAUACUUUAAUAUACCAAGUCGUGGUUACUUCAUCCGAAGUUUGGCGUUACGCGCAACGACGGCGGAUUCGAAAAACCAAAAUAUUUGCCAGGAGACAGCACACGAAGCAAACACUUUACUGCAGUACAACUUUAGCAUCGUAAGAGAUUGUGAUUAGUGAUAGAAGAAGGUAAUUCCUGAACAAAUACAUACAUAUGCAGAACAACAGCAAAUUGAGCAAAUUGAGAAAGCCAACUACCAACAAAACCUACUCGUAAAUUCUAAAUACAUACACUUACAUAUACAUAUAAGUACAUGAAUAUUCGAUUUGAAAAUGAACAAAUAUGUAUAAUUAAAAUUUAAUUAUUGGCCAAGUGUUUGGGGUAAAUUAAAAAAAAAUAUAACAUUAAAUACAUACUUAGUUUAGAAUUACUUUACAUACUCGUAUAUACAUAUAUAUUAUAUAUAAAAUGUUAGAAAAAUGAUAAUAAAUCGAAUUGUAAUGUAUAUAAAAAAGGCUUAUGUAACAAUAUAAAGACAAAACACAGCAUCUUAAAAAGCUGCUGAAUCAAUAUUUUAUCCACUGCUAAAUUAAUUAAAAAAUAAAUAUUUAAAUAAAAACUUAA